AUGCUGUACCUAGCGGCUCUCCGCAUUUACCUUCUCAACGAACAAAGCCACCACCUAACCGCCUCGAAACGGCUGGAGUCUUCCUUGAACCUCAGCGCAGCUUCCUUGCAGACGUGCCGGCUGUGCCGAGAGACGACAUCGUUCCAACUCCGGGUUGACGACCGCACGCCCCGGGGCGUGUGGGAGCCCAGGGGGGAAAAGCCCGCCAGUAACACAAACCGACGAGCACCUCCGCCCGGCGCACGUCUACGCGCUCUUCAUGCUCGUCCGUCCGAUUCAAGGUCCUCAAGAACCCAGCGGACGGCCCCACCCUGCUCGAAGAGGUCGGCGAUGGCCACCACCGGUCGUGUGCCGUCGAUGAAGAUAUCCAAGGUAUCGUGGGAGACGUCCUCUCCGGCUGAGCUAUUUUUCACCCCGGACAAUGCGGGGGCACUCCAUUGGCUAAUCGAGGUUAGGUUUGGAGAGAGCGUCAGCGUCAGCGUGGGCGGCAUCGUCUGGCCGGCCAGCCUCCGACGACUAGCAAUAAAACGGUCUUUCGAGAUUCGCGACAUGGCGUGGCCGGUUCGGCUCGAACAGCUGGCGCUUGAAGGGCGCUUCGACGAGCCGAUCAACGAAGUACAGUGGCCAGAAUCGCUGCAAGAACUAACCUUCGGCUACCAUUUCAACCACCCGAUCGAUGACAUCGGCCAGAAGGCGACAGGCCUUCGGGAGCUCACGCUGGGGUGGAAUUUCGAUCAGAUCCUGGUUGGAGUAACGUUGCCGAAGAACCUUGAGGUCCUUACCAUCGCUGGGGUGUACAACCGACCCCUGGAUGGGGUGAAGUUGCCGUCAGGGCUCAGGAGCCUGACUUUUGGAGGUCUCUUUGAUCUCCCGCUAGUCUCCGCCCGCCUUCCAGAACGGCUCGAGAGCUUCCGACUCGGAUGGGCGUUUGACCAGCCGCUGUUGGCUUCUUGGCCGCCGAACCUGAAGACCCUUGCUCUCGGUUACCGCUUCAACCAACCGGUGGAGAGCGUCAGGCUCCCGCCGAGCCUUGAAGAGUUCGAGCUCGGAGUGUUCUCUCGGCAGCCCCUGAAAGGGCUUGCGUGGCCGGCGUCACUCAAGACCCUCACGGUCGGUCGUGCGUUCGAUCUCACGGGGGUUGUUUUGCCGGGGGGUGCUCGCGUUUGCCGCAGUGGGCACACGGCGUUUCAGGUGCAGCGCGGGGCGAAGAGGUAGUUGCCCGAACCUGCUGUUUCGAAGUAUGCCCCAAGGGCCUCAAAUUUUGUACAUAUAUUUGAUUCUGCGUGGUGGGUUGUACGUCGUCUGGCUUCCAAUGGAAGCAGAGGAAGCGCGGCUGAGCCGUCGGCGUAUAUUCCUUCGAGAUACUGCUGUGCAUAUUAAAGUAUCUCGUGCUUCUUGUGUAUGCCUUUCCCACCCAUGCCAUGCGUGCAAACUCCCGACAAUGCUGUGCUUGGAUCCAUUGUUUGGCAGCAGCUGUGACGCAACGAUAGUUGGCUGUGGACCGCAGAGAGAAAGCUUACUGUCGAUAGAGGUGCCAAUGCCAAAAUAACUGAUAUGCACAGCGGCUUGUGCACUGAGUUCAUUUUUUUUCGGCGUUACUUGCUACUUGCAUCAAGCGAAUUAUGUUUAUGUACAGUAGGUCUUUGAUGGCCAACGCUGCGCUCUCGCUGGUCCGGUCGACGGUUCGUUGCGGGCGUCGCUGCCUGUGUUCUUUUUACCAGCUUGGUCGUGACCCGCAGUUCAUCGCGUUGUUGAUGGAUUUACCGAAGCUUAUUGAACGGUGGGAGUUGUUUGUCCUUUUGGUUGCUGUUGUCUCCAUUCGAGCGUGAUAAUAUGAGUUCUAUUGUGGCGGGUACAUUGAAUUGGUCGUCGAAGCAUGCACCCGCCGGGUACUCCAUUUUGGGUUGUUCGCAUACGCACAUGCGUACAGUAGUACGUGCACCCGAUGCAUUUCCUUUUCCGAGAUAUAUUCUGGUUUGUCCCCU